UGUGAGUAAAAGAACAUUUUGAUUUUUGACAAACAAACACUAUAUUUAUGGUUUAUUAUGUCUUUUUUGUUUCGACAGUCGUCGUAUUUCAAAUAAAUUAAAUAGGGAGAAAGUGAAAAGAUUCGUAGAAUUUAAGAAGAAAAUUUUAAUAUCUUAUAAUGCCAGACAAGAGCUGACGCUAUUUACUAUCUUCUAAUUUGAUUAUUGUGGUGCAAGUGAUGAUUCCUUUCAACGAACCUUAACAUAAUUUCGUAACAAACUAAAUGGCCCAGAAUUAAAAGUGUAAAAAUGUUUGGUAUUAAUGGUACUGAUUUCCCACCAGUGAAAGAAGAUACUUUUUGCAAAUAUGUUUUAUAUUACGAGAUAAACAACUCAAGGGUUCGUAUUUGGGAUUUAAUUAUAUUGAUACCGAACGCACUUUUUGUACUAUUCUUAGUGGUUAGAUUUAACAAAGCUCAGUUAAAAUUGCGUGCUACUAGUAGCCCAAUUUUUCUGACUUUUUAUUCAUUAGUAUGGGGAAAUGUUAUUAUCAGUUUGAUAAGAUGUGCUGUGUCCAUGACUGUGAAUGCAGCUAUGCCCCUUGGAGGUCUAAUUGAUAAGAUCCUGUGGGUCACUGUAAGAUUCUUCCUACUUGCAACUGAGAUGAGUGUGGUAAUUUUUGGACUUGCUUUUGGUCAUAUGGAUAGUCGGAGCAGCAUCAGAUAUGUUUUACUUGCAACAUCUUUUAUAUCAUUGGCAUUUACUGUGACCCAAGGGACUCUUGAAAUUGUAAUGCCAGAUGACAUGUUCCACAUUGAUACCAGAGACUAUGAUUUAUUUGGACAUGGUGGAAUGCUUUUCUGGUUCACAUCAUCUCUGGUAUUUGGUAUUAUUUACUUAGUCAUCUUGCUUCUUCCGUGGAUACCUAUCAGAGAAUAUUUAGCUUUGCCAACGAAACUCUCCUUUUAUUUCUACAUAUUACUGUUAGCUUUACUUGAUAUAACGCAAGCAGUUGGGGCUGGCCUCUUAAUUUGGGGUUCAAUGCAACCAGGUCUAUGUGUUGUUGAUGUUACCACCUGGCUAUAUUUUUCCUUGUAUACACCGCUUGUUUACCAUACGUUCCUCAGCGAAUUUUUCAGUGUAUCACAGCCAAGUAUAAUGUUCUCAUACAAAGCUCAAAUGGAUGAGCCAAUGGAUGACGAUCAAGUCUCUCUGCCGCAUCAGCAAAGUUUCAGCUCUCUCAAAACAGAUUCUGACUACAUUUAUCAGAGCAACAGUGUAUAUGACAGUACUCUAUUCGAAGCAGGCGGGACAACUCCAAUGAAUCCCAUGUACAGUGCAUCCUUGCAAAGUCCAGACUCAAUAGCAUCUGGCCAAUCAAUAGACAUGCACACUGGUUUCGCGAAUCAAAAUAUGUUAUCUACAUAACAAUAACAGUAUAAUAAUAUCGUGAAUAUGUGAAUAACACAAUAGCAUUGGAAUUUUUACCACAGUUAUACUAUAGUCUCUAUUCAUGCAGUAGUUUGACGAAGACGUUUAGACAGGUCUAUCGUGCGGGCGCAAGGGGCGAGCCACGGGAGGUACAAGCUCGAGUUACAUACGGCAUGUUGUUAGCAGAUCGGGACACAUUUUAAAGGUUGCAUGCAUACGCAUGUUUUAAUGUUUGUAGGUAUCUUAUAUUAUUAUAUGUAUAUGAUCAAAUGUGAUAUGUAAUUAUGUUGUGCAAAUGGUACAUACUACUCGUGCUGUGAGAGAUUGCAAAAUCGUUAUCUCCUGUUAUGGAUCUGCGUUUUCUUAAUUACUGUAUUAUUGAGCUGUGACAACUGUGACAUUGUCUAGACGUUUUUGCCUUUUAAUACGAGAUAGGCGUUGUACUACUGUAUACUUCUUUAUAUAAUGAUUAUGACUACAGAUGAAGGAGUCGUGGUAAUUAUUCCAUUAAUAUUAAGUCAUUUGUAAGCCUCAUAACAUCUUUAUACAUCCAAAGAUACUUUAAGAUUUUAACGAUUAUUUACUGCAUAGUUUUAAAUUUGCGUGUCUUAGUUUUUCCUUAAAGAAUCUCUUUGUGUGUUUGUUUAAAAGUUUGUUUUGAUAAUAAGUGUAUCCAGUGAUCGAAUAGACUUUGAGACUGUUACAUCCCAUCUCUGCUUUAAAUAUAUGUAAUGGAUCCAUCCACAUUAUUUCAAAUAAGAUUAAGAUUAUUGUGAAGUUAUCGUAAAAGUGUGUAAUUUUGGACAUCGAAUCCAAGCCUAAUUAUACUAGAUAUCUACAUUAUAAAAUAUGUAGAUGGGGAAUACAAAUUGUCAUCAAAUUUAUGAAUUAUAUUAGUUUUCUUCAAAUGAGUACUACACUUGAAUGAUUCGUUACAUAUUUGUAAUAUCAUUACUAGCAAGUAUCAAUCAAGUCCUUGUUAUGUAUCACAAUUAUUGCAGUGAGUAAAAUACAAAAAUUAUUUGUUUUUUUUAUAAUUAUUUAUAAUUAUAAUGUUAUUUUGUGCAUUGAAAAUUUAGUUCAGGUCGAUGUACUCCUAAAAAUUUUAUAAUUAUUAUUCCAUAAUAUAUAUGAAUUAUCAUACUUACAUAACAUUAUUUUAUAAAUAUGUAAAACCAGUAUUUUUAAUUAGGAAAAAUCCUUUAAUAACAACAGUUAUUUUGCAAUUUGAAUCAAUUUAAAAUAUACUUAAUUGAUAAACUUAUAAGUAUAUUAUUGUACUAUGAAUUUUCUAUAAUAAUUUUAUCGUACUGUGAUGUUUUACCUACUUAUUUUAUUUUUGUUGUUGAUUUAUUAUUUUAAUAAUGUUUUAAGUUCUCAAUAUCAAUAUUUAAUACAGCUAAGCUGGUGAUUUAGUUUAAGCUACGCGCACUCUAAAUAAAAAUAAGGUUUUAUACUUGUUAUUUCAAAAUAUUGUCAAACAUCUUUACUAAGUUCAAUGAAGAUUUAUAAAGAUGCCUUAAAAUAUUAAGUAAUUGAAACAAGUUACUUUUCAGACGAUGUUUAGCAAUUGGCCGUUCUAGCAUUUAACUUUUUGAGGUUGAAGUAAUAAAUCAAAAUAUUAGGGCUACGUUCGGGUCUUAUAUCAAACUAAUGGAUUCAUAUAGCCAAUGUCAAAUGUAACAUUGUCUGAAAUAAUCAAACGAUACGAUUACAAUCAGUUGGCGCUGGAUGAUACUUCAGUUCUAGGCUACUAGUUAGUUUGUAUUAAAUUUGGACGAGCCAAGUAUGUAACAUAGUUUAAAAUAGGAAACAAACAGAACUCGUUUUGCAGCUAAGUCGUCAUUACACUAGUCUUAGGUUUUUAUAAAAACAUAGAAUGGGAUAUAAGAACUUAUGUAGAUUUUAGAUUGGCUAUAGAGGCAGCAUGAAUUAUUGAAAUUUCUGUACGUGGAAUAUAUAGGAUUUGAUUGUAAAAAAUCAAUAGGCCAAUAUGUAAAAAAAUUAAAUCGUUCAAGGACUUCAUUAUGCCAUGGACAAAAUUAAUCUCCAUUGUCAAUUUCUUCUCGCAAUAAAUAUAAUAACUCGACCGCGGCGAUUGUCAAUUUUCUUUGGUAAAAUGUGAUAGCCCACAUGAUGUAUACUAUUUACCCAUGUGAAACCUUAUUUAAGUGAUAUUUUAGUUAAGUCGUAGCUAUAUUUUUGUUAUUUUCAACUGUGAGAAACUAAUAAAGUAUGAAAUAUA